GGUACCCCGGCAUGUGGAAAAACAACCAUUCGCAGAUUAGUUGUCAAUGUCCUUCUUGCAACGCGCCCAAAGAUGCCCGUAUAUGUGUUGAAUGGCUGGAAGAGAGAGAGGGUACUGGAGAAUAAUGGCUGGGACAAUCAUCUCAAGAAAUGCACCGGAAUCCGAGGGGAGAUGUGGCCGACAACACCUGCUUUUUUAUUAUUCGAUGAAUGUCAACAGUCCUUCUGGGAUGAAGACCUUUGGUCUGGGCUCAUUAAAGAGGUUAACCCGUUUUCGCCGAUAUCAGAAUCUCCGCGCAUCAUCUUUUUCUCGUCAUAUGGAUCCCCAGGCCGCGGGAACGCUGGUUUCGACUCUGAUAAAUACUUCCAGACCCCCCCAUACUUCGGAGAACAACAAACCGUAUCUAUGCGAAUUGAAGAGAAUCAAGCCACCGGCAUUUCACACGGUCUCCAUCUUUUGUUGAGCCAGCACGAGGCGUUUGAUAUGAUGCAUAAAUAUGUAAAUGGCGUCGGCUUACCUUUGUCCGAGGAACUGAUGUUAUACUUGUAUAUAAUAAGCGAAGGACAUGCCGGCUGCCUUGCAGCUCUGAUGGGAACACUGGAUCGAGACCCGGACCUCGACUAUCACAGGCGCCAGGAUGAGAUGUUGGAAUUGAAUGCUGUCCAAGACAGACUUCUGAUCCACCCAGAGAAGUUACUCAGGCUCCUGCGAAAUACUCCCUUCUGCAGGGGAAUGCCGGUGGACAACAUCUUACAAGACACCAAGGUUGCCAAGGUAUUUAAGAAGGCCGUCGCUUCUGAAAUGGUCCGAGAGAAUUCCUUUGAGCAGGAUCUGCGCCCGACACUUGAAAGAAUUUGGAGGAACGGCUGGCUGAAUGCUGAAAGAAUAAGGAAAGUCACGUAUUACACGUUCCCAAGUUGCAUGCACCGGUGGUUCUGCGCGUAUAUGCUGUACGAAGAGUCUGCUUCAAACGAAAUCCGCUGCGCGUCUCCACUUGAGCUUGCCAUGACCUCGAUUCGAGCUUUCAUUCCACGAAACCUCGCAGAUCCGCCAAGGGCUCAGACAGGGCAAAAAUUGCCUUUGGAAGAUCAAUUUCAAAAAGAGUUUUACCGAGCUUUCUAUUCAGUCGUGGACGGAAAUGUCUUGGUCUCUCCUGGAUAUAUAGCCAAAAGACGGAAAAGGGGCGGGGCAAUUGACUUCCUGGUUCCCGCGAAAGGAUGGGGUUUUGAGCUCACCAGGAAUCGUAGCAAAAUCCGGGAGCACAUGGAGCGGUUCGAGCCCGGGGGGAAGUACCAUGGAUUGAUCAUGUCCAAUGUCAUGAAGGAGCACGUGGUUUUGGAUUUCACCAUCUCGACACCAAAGAAAGCCCACCCCGACUACGACCGCCUUUACCAUAUUGUCUUCACCAACAAUUUCCGAGAUGUCAACAUCAUCCGCGCCCAAGACCUUGAGAGUGUCCAGUCAUUUACCCUGUCUGAAAACGAUAACCCCUUAAUGUAGUCUCCAAAAGGAAAAGAAAAGAAAGAGGCUUGGCAAGAAACUCCGCUGUAAAAACUGCACUCCCAAAGCAUGUGAAGAGCGAAAUUAGCUCUUGUGGGAAAAUAUGGGCGAUUAGAGCAACUACAUCUUUGGCAUGUGUUUUCACGGUGGUGUUGAUAGUUGGUGUUGUGUCAUAACAGCAGACAGGACUUUGGUAGAAACCACGAUGAUCAU